AUAACUUGUUAGUGAAUAAUCAUUCGAGAACCGGGUUUGGUAUUCGACCAGUGACUAGACUGAAAGAAAAUCAUCAUUUGGUCGUUUUCUUCUUCUUUUCUUCUUUCUUUCUUUUUUUUUUUUUAAAGGAAGCAAACUGUUCUAUUUUCUUAAAGGAAGCAAAUGGGCGAGCCAUUUGGAAAAGGCUGAAGGCGCUUCCGGACAAGGGAGCCCCAGCCAGGCCCCGAGGGUUCCAGCGACUACCCGCGCCGCCGGCGAGGUUUCCGGGAACCUGGGCGCGGCGCUCGGCCAGGCGAGGCGGGGAGUCAUGGCAGCUGAUGAAGAUAACAAAGAACAAGUUCUUAAGGAAUGUGAGCAAACUGAAGAAGUUAUGAAAGAUAUACAAAACCAGAAAUUAAUUAGUGAAAUUACAAAGAAAAAUAUUCAGUUAAAGGAGGAGAUCCGAAAACUUGAAGCUGAGUUACAGGAGACCACCAGGACCUCCCAGAUUAAUGAGGAUAUUCCUGAAACAAAGAUAAAGUUCACAUCCGUGGAGAAUCCUGAGAGUGACAGCGAGUUUUCAAAUAUCUCCUAUUCAUGUCAAGUGAGCUCAAAAGUCCCUUAUGAGCUGCAAAAAGGACAAGCACUUAUUACCUUUGAAAAAGAAGAAGUUGCCCAAAAUGUGAUCAGAAUGGAACGCCAUCAUGUGCAGGUACAGAGUGAAAAUGUGACACUGAUGGCCAACCCAGUUCCAUUAAAUUCAGGAGUCAAAUUCCAGGUUCACGUAGCAGUGUCUAAUAUGAAAAUCAACGUUACUGAAAUUCCUGAUGAACUGCCAGAAAGUCAGAUGAGAGACAAGCUAGAAUUGAGUUUCUCUAAGUCUCGCAACGGAGGCGGAGAAGUGGAGUACGUGGAGUAUGACAAGCAGACUCGGAGCGCCCUCAUCACCUUUGUGGAAAGUGGAGUUGCUGACAGGAUUUUGAAAAUGAAAGACUAUCCUCUUUAUAUAAAUCAAAACUGCCAUAGAGUUACAGUUUCUCCAUAUACAGAAACACACUUGAAAAAGUUUCAGGUAUUUUCAGGAGUGUCUAAGAGGACAGUGCUUCUGACUGGACUGAAAGACCUUCAGACGACAGAUGAAGAAGUUGUAGAGGAUUUCAUUAGCAUUCACUUUCAGCGGGAGAAGAAUGGAGGUGGAGAAGUCGAGGUGGUCAAAUGUUCCCUCGGGCAACCUCACACAGCAUACUUUGAAGAAUAGACUGAUGGAAUCUAUGAAAAGUAGAGCUCCUGAACCCAACUUCCUGUCAGUGCUUGACAAAAAUAAAAGUCCCUUUCCUUAAAAAAAAAACAAAAAAUGUAAUUCUUCAGCGUCCAUUCAUUCUUAGAUACAAAAUAUAUUUCUGUGUUUUUAAAUUCUUUGUUUCCAACUGUGCUGCAUGUUUACAAAUGCAGUAACUGUAUUAAAACAGUUUUGUUCA